CAGUUUGAGAUGCCGAAAGGGGCAGGCACUGCCUCUCAUCCUUAGCUAAACUCUGGUGGCGUGUCCUUCCAUUAAAUCCCGUUUCCUCCUCCUCUUUUUCUGCUCCCGUGGGGUAUUGGUCUUUCGUUUCGCUUUUACUUACACUUACACUCUCUUAUUCUCUACACACGCUCUUUGGCAACAUCUCACGCGACAGUCUUCAAUUUUUAUCGUACUCUACCACACCACUCUACUAGAUUCAUCCAUACAACCACAACCACCACAAUGAACCGAAAGUUCGAUCGCUUCAAGCAAUGGGCGGGGGAGAGAAUGGGCAAUGAAGUCAGAACCAAUUUGACGGAUGACUUCAAAGCGAUGGAGACAGAGAUGAACGUCAGGCACGAGGGUCUCGAUCGCAUCCACAAAGCUCUGGCUUGCUACCUCAAGUCCAUUUCGAAGCGCAGCGAAGGCGACGACAAGGAAAAGACACUGCCAAUUGCUCAUCUGGGAACUAACAUGGUCACCCAUGGGGAGGAUUUUGAUGCGUAUUCUGAAUAUGGUCGCUGUCUUACAAUGUUCGGACGCACCGAAGAACGGAUCGCACGUGUGCAGGAAAGCUACAUCGCGCAGGCGAACGCUACAUGGUUGGAGUCUCUUGACAGAUCCAUGACUCAAAUGAAAGACUACCAGAAUGCUCGCAAGAAGCUCGAUAGCCGACGACUGGCCUACGAUACUUCCCUCUCCAAGAUGCAGAAGGCGAAGAAAGAGGACUUCCGCGUGGAAGAAGAACUACGGACACAGAAAGUCAAGUACGAAGAGGCGAACGACGAUGUACUCCGACGGAUGCAGGAUGUCAAAGAGACCGAAGGUGAAGGUGUUGUCGAUAUGGCAGCCUUCUUGGAUGCUCAGCUGAAGUACCAUGAGCAAUGCACGGAGGCGCUUCUCCAGCUGAAGAAUGACUGGCCUGGCGGUAGUCAAGGUUCUCCACGUACUCCUAACAACGGCCGCCGCAUUGGGCGCACCCGUUCCAACACGACGCAUUCUUAUCACGAGCGCUUCGAGCCUCUUCACGAGGAGAACACGAACAUGCUGCAACCUACUCCCAUCGUCCGUUCGAGCAAACCUGUACUUUCAGAAUCGCCAGUGCGCGACCCCUAUACGGCUGGCAUUGACAUCCAGCGACCAGCCAUCAGCCGAACGUCGACUUUUGAGGGACCUACGCAGUUACGGCAGGAACCUGCCUACAACAACUCAUAUUCAUCUCGAACAACAAGCGAGAAUUUGGGUGCUCGUAUCUCUCAACUCCGACCCGUCAACAGAGUCGCUUCCGAUCCGUACACUGAUCGUUCCGAGAACUAUUCCACCGGCACCAGCCCUGAUGAAUAUUACGGCGAACGAUCCUCUCCAACGCCCUCGUAUGGCAAUGGAUUCUACCAAGGAGGCAGUUCUAUGAACGGCUCCGGAACGUUCAAGAAGGCACCACCACCUCCGCCACCAUCGCGUGCAAAGAAGCCUCCACCGCCGCCGCCUCCGAUGAAGCGACCUGUGUUCGCAGGCGGUGCGUACUAAGUUUUAUUUCACUUUGUAUAAUCGCAUUCACAGCGUCUAUUGUAUGUUCAGGAGUUUCGGCUGGAUUAUUCGGAAGUGAGCGAGGAGUAUGGGCAAUGUAUUUUUAUUUGUCGUAUUAGUCUCUGGAAAGAGUCUUGAAUCCGAGUAGCAUUGUUCCUACUGUAGCACUGUAGAAUGUCCGCCAAGGUUGCUGAGUCAUGAAGUCACGUGCUGC